UUACCUGUUAUCAAUAAUACAUGACUAAUCUUCGCACAUGUUGUAACGAUUGUCCUUGUAACAACCGUCGUCGAACAUAUUUCAUCUUUACUUUUUGGAAACUCGAAAUUGAAAGAUGAAGAUUUUAAUAUGUGGUGGAGGGAAUGGUGCACACUGUUUUACAGCUUUAGCUUCAGCUUGUCCAAGUGUCGAGGUCAACGUUCUUACAGUAUAUGAAGACGAGGCUAAGAUGUGGACAGCUGCCCUGAAAAGUGAUGAAUUGACAGUUUCUAUAUCCAAACCAGAUGGGUCAGUAACAGAAACACGAUCCAAACCAUCAUUGGUUACAAAUGAUAUUAAACUUGCUGUGGCUGGAGUACAAAUCAUUUUUAUCGUUGUCCCCGCUUACGUUCAUCACAUCUAUCUCUCAUUGAUUGCCUCGUGUAUCCAACCAAAUACACUUAUAGUAGGACUUCCGGGUCACGCAGGGUUCGAGCUACAGUGCUUAGAUAUGUUAGGUAACAAAUCUAGCAACCAUGCGAUUGUUGGCUUCGAAUCUCUUCCCUGGGCAUGUCGGAUUAUUGAAUAUGGAAAGAGGGUUCAACUACUUGGCUACAAAGACAUUCUACAUGCUUCCUUCUUAGUCGGAACAAAUUGUAAUCUACAAUUUCCCGCCAUUGAAACAAUACAAAGUAUCCUUGGUUCCAAACCUAGAAUCAAGGUAGUAUCCAAUGUGUUUGUAAUUACAUUAAUGACAGGUUCGAUAAUACAUCCACCAAUUAUGUAUGGGAAAUGGAAGAACUGGGAUAACACUCCACUUCCGGUAAAACCUUUGUUUUAUCAAGGCGUGGACGAAGAACAGGCAAGUAUUGCCUCAAAUUUAAGUGAUGAGGUAGUGAAAACAGCAAAACAAAUCCAGGAGGUGUGUCCCGAUCUUGACAUGUCUCAAGUUGUCCAUCUAUCUGAUUGGUUCAAAUCACACUACAACGAUGAGGUAGGUGACAAAAGCUCCUUGAUGACGUCAAUGAGAACAAAUAGCGCCUAUGAAGGAUUAGUACACCCAAUGAAAGCCGUGGACAAUGGAUACGUUCCAGAUUUCGAAUAUCGUUACACGACCGAAGAUGUUCCAUUUGGUCUGGUUGUAAUGAAAGGACUAGCUGUAAUUGCAGGUAUAGCCACGCCUACAAUGGACAAGAUUAUUCUGUGGGCGCAAAGUAUUAUGGGAAAAGAAUUUAUCAUUGGAACAGAUCUUGUUGGAAAAGAUGUGAAGUUUUCGAGAGCCCCACAGUCAUUUGGCCUCAAUACUCUUGAACAAGUGAAAGACUACAUCAAGUCUCGUAUUCGCUAGAAUUCUUGUAUACUUAAAGUAAUAUGUGUGCAUUAGAAACGGAGGACAGACUCUAGGUAGCAUAAAUUAUUACCUGUAUUUGCUUUGUUUUUUUAUCAUGUUCACGGUUGUCAUUUAAUUAUGGGAUGCAUUUUAUUGUUUCUCUCUUUAAUUGAUUUGGGACAUUGAACUGUUAAGAUUUAAGUAAGUAUAGACAUUUCCAUAUAAGCAAAGAGAUAGGUAGACAAUCCAUCGUAUAUGUGCUCAAUCACAGGGUCAAAAUAGGAAGGUUGUUGAAUCCUGUUUAUAUAUAACAAUAAAGAGGUUAUAAUAUGU